AUGGGCAAGAAAUGGCCGCCCCCGGUGCAUUUGAAAGAAGUGGUGUACAUGCUGUCCCCUUUUGAGCUGAAGGUGAUGUCCGGCCUGUGGAAAAACUUCUGGCCCAGCUUGAAGUCGAGUCUGCGCGAGCAUCGAUCGGACCUCCUCGUUUUCAUCACUCCCAUCGUCGGGACGGUCGCUUACGCCAGGCGUUAUGAGAUGAAUCGUCUCAUCCCGAGGUUGCCAAUCCGACCGUCUGGUCCAUCGUACUUGAAAGUGGGCGCCCGCUUGCAGGAAAGGGACAAGCUUGAGGACCGCUACUAG